AUGCGGCAAGAAGAAGCUGUAUAGUUGCAGAAGAAGAUCAUGAGUGCAAAAUUCGACUUCAAUGACUUCUUAAAGCAAUCCCAAAAUGUUGCGAAAAUGGGUUCCAUGAGCCACGUGAUUGGAAUGAUUCCAGGCAUGAACAAGCUUACUCCUGCACAAAUACGGGAAGCAGAGAAAAGACUUGCAUUCGUGGAGUUGAUGAUCAAUGCAAUGACUGCUGAUGAAAGGGAGAGGCCAGAGUUAUUGGCCGAAUCACGCGAGAGGAGGAUCAGAGUGGCUGAGGAGUCUGGAAAGACCGAACAAGAGGUGAGCCAACUGGUUGCCCAGCUUUUCCAAAUGCGUGCUCAGAUGCAUAAAUUGAUGGGUAUGGUGCAAGGACAAGAAGGCAUGGGAGAUCUCAUGAAUAUUUGCAUUUCCGUUAGUCCACAUGUUAGAGGGCUCGUGAAGGAGCAUAUCGCCUCGUUCAACUACUUCAUCAACAAAGGAAUCAAGAACAUUGUCCAGGCAAACAAUCGAAUUGAAGCGCGCAAUGACCCAUCCAUUUAUCUUAGGUACCUUGACGUGCAUCUUGGCACACCCUCGGUACAAGUGGAUUACAAAAUUGAAGAUAUCACACCACACUUUUGCCGCCUUUCUGAUCGCAUGCCUCCGAUCUCUUUGCAACCCCAAGUGCUCCUAACCUGGCCACUCUACCAGCUCCUCUUGCUGUCGCCCCAACUCCCCUUGCUGCUCCGAUCAGCAAGCCAGGGGUGGGGGAACCCUCAGUCGCUGCCCUCGACUGGUCGGAGUUUCCGACCCUGAUAUUGAAUGUUCUGAAAAGCAUUGUGCUACACGGAUAUUCCCUUGAUACAAGGACGAGCCAGUUGCAGGCUGAGCUCGAGGUGGCCAAGAAGUGCAACGUGGAGCUCAAGCUCCAACUGCAAGAGGCGCGCUCAUUCCAACAGAAAGCCGUCAAGGAACAAGAACCAAGUAAUAUUAUGGUUAGUUUUUCAUAUCACAUCACUAUAUGCAUCUGUACUACCCUUAGACCCUAUUAUUUGAACCCAUUCAUCUGUGUACGUAUUUGUUUUGUUCAACAGGAACCCACACAACAGUUGUCUGCUUCAGAGUCACAAGUGAAUUUGGACAGUACAAAUAUUGAGAUAAAUAAACUGCAAGGGCAAGAUAUAGAAUGCUUAUCAAAAGAUCACAAUGUUAACUGCCUGAAUCCUUCCAAUGUGGCUGAAAUAUGUAUGAAAAAACUCAAAAUUGACUAUCCAUAAGGACAAUACUUUAGAGGGUUUUCCCAAGAAAAAGCUUCUUAUGUUAGAUCUUAAUGGUUUGCUUGUGGAUAUCACCUGGGGCUAUGGCAGUUUCCACGAUGCUCACAUGGCUGAUGGCAAGGUUGGAGGAAAAUUAGGUGAAUUUUUUUGUUUUAUUGAUUAUAAUUAUUAUUUGCAACAAUGUUCAUCGAUAAUAUAAUAGCAGAUGUUAAUAUACAGUGUUAUAUAUUUUUACCAGUCUUUCAAAGGACUCGUUUUGAUGACUUUCUCAAUUUUGCACCUAAAGUUUGAGUUGGGAAUAUGGUCCUCAAGAUUCGGUUGUUGACAUUGUUAUGAAGGAUUUCAAACCACGUCUACUCUUUGUUUGAGUAGGUCAACUAAAAACGUUCUUGUUCUCGAUUCGGUUGUUGACAUUGUAUAUCGUACUGCCGCGCAUCAUCUUUGCUUAGCUCGUAGAGCCUUAUCUUGCUGCAUUUAAUGCGACAGGACAGAACGAUGCCCUUCUGCACCGUUCCUGUCCGCUUGCCUCUCUGCGUCGUCUCAGUUCACUAAUGUAUAAAGGUCCAAUAGCCAAUCAUAGCAAACUAAUGGAUAAAGGUAAACAUGCAAGGAUAUAUUGCAAGAAGUAAAUGCAGAAAUGUAAAUAAAGUAGAGAGAGCAAACUUAGUACAAGGGAUUUUUAUCCUGUGGUACCGAUGGCAUAAACUCUACCUCUAGGUUAGAGCAGCCACCUAGGCUAUAGCUCCCGGACGGCACCCAGUCAUGGCCCUUAAUCCACCUAGGUCUUAAAUAGGUUGAGCCGUCAAGCCACUAAGGUAAGGCCUCACAACAAUCUCUUUCGGUCACUUAUCGUCGUCUUCACUUCGGACCUUGAGCCACCAAAGCAAAAGUCUUCACGUCCCCAUACAAGAGUCUUACCACUGCUCCAUACCAAGUCGGAGGGUCAAUAAGAUUGAGCCACCAAGGUCCAAGGUGUCGACGAGUCACCAAGACUCUAAGGUGUCGGCGCACCAUUUGGUACAAGUUAGGAUCACUCAUUGAUCCUCUAUCUAGGAAGCAACACCUAGCAAUAACUCUCUCUAGCCCUGUUAGCACUAAUCACUUCCUAAUUAUGUGCUUAAUUGCCUUGGAUGAUCAUUUUAAGUAUUUUGGUGACUUGGAUGUCUUAGCUUCCCUGAACUCCAGCACAUUCAAAUGACCAAAUGGGGGGUAUAAAUAGCUUUAACCCUGCGAACUAGCCGUUGCUCCAACGGUCAAAGAAGACUGUGAACACCGGAUGAUCCGAUGUUAACAACAGUAUAAACACCAGACCAUCCGGUGUGUACAGCAGUAGAAAACUAGCCGUUGCACCCCACACAAACACAUUGUGAACACCUGAUAUUCUGGUGUAACUUUUAACUCCAUCACUGGACUAUUCAGUGUGUAGACUUGAGCCAACCGAGCCACUUCUUCACUGUGCAUUUGUUCGGCAUGUAUACUUCUGAUCACCAGAUCAUCCGGUGUAUACAACCACAUCAGACUAGAAUUUGCAGCAUCACUUGGAAAAUACUCCGGUGAGGCUAUCUCAGAUAUCACUGGAUAAUCUGGUGUUCAUAUUAACACCGGACCAUUCUUUGAGUGUAAUUUUAUCUGAACUCAUCUAAUUCAACCUUUCUUGAGUUCGGCUUUGGUGGCUUCUUCUAAUAUAACAUAUACUUAACAAACAUGUUGGUCCUAUUGAUUAUGUUGUCAUUAAUCACUAAAAUCACACAUACCCUAAAAAGGCUAUGUUCGCUACAAACACCGACAUAUCGAUGUCUUCAUCAGCCGUCAUAUCGUUGCCUCUGUCUUCUUCGACUGUGGACUGCUCAUCAUGCACAACCUCCUCAUUUUCACUGUGCUCGAUCCAAUGGAUAUAGCUAGGAUUGAAACUCCUGCAAAACAAGUGUGCACGGAUCUGCUCUAUGCCUAGAAACUGCUUCUUAUUCUUAUAAUCAAUUUACGGACAUCAUGAAAGUGCAUCUAGGCCUCCAAGUGGGUUUUGGUGAUAAUGACAAAACAAUAAAAGAACUAAUGAGUUUUAUGAGUUUUGGACAUGUGUUAAUUCCAUCAAGUAAGAAAUGUGAUGCGUUGUGAAUCCCCCAAAAAUGGGUAAAGGAAAGCGAUUUGGCUCCUAUGCUUUUUGAAUUCUUUUAUGCUUUAUUUUUGAGUUUAGGAUGCCGUACUAUAAAGGGGAUAUGAAAUCUACUUGUUUGUACAGAAACAGUGCUCAAAAGUCCAAACAAACCCAUAAGAGUCGUAGAAAGUUAGCCCUAAAACUUUUGUUUCAGAAAAAUGCGGAAGGUCCGCACUUCUGUGCGGAGGGUCCGCACUUUGGUGAGUUCUCGGCUAACUGCGUAUAGUCCGCACUUUUCUGUGGAGGGUCCGCACUUUUUCAAAGCAUAAUGGCUAGUUUUUGAGUGUGGAGUAUAAAAACCCCCACACCCUUCAAUGCAACAGCCUCUGACCUCUUUAAUUCCGACCAGCUUUGAGACAAAAGGCUUCUAUCACAUUAAAAGCUCAUUUUCACUCCUCUUUUGAGAUUCUUGUUGAGAUCUUUGCUUGGGUUGAGUGAAUUUAAGCAAGAGUGCUAGUGAAGUACAAAGUCAUCUUUGAGCACUCGUUUGUUCGUCAAAGCCGGUGGUUUUAAGUUCUUUACUCUUGGUGGUUCGUCCACCUAGACGGUAAGGCGUUGCCCGUUGAGCUCCCAAGUUUGUGGUGAGCCUCGGGAAGUUUGUAUCACCCUGACAAGAUAACCACAGGAAUGGUUCCAAAGCGGGACGAUGGGACAAAGCUCGGUAGUGCCAUCAAUGUUCCAGAAUGUAUCAGGCCAGCAGUCCUGCAUAAGCUCCGUGCAAUCCUGGACUACACAGGGCCAGCCAAUCCUAGCAGAAAUUUUGAGGAGCCACAAGGUCAUCACGACAUUUAACAGCGAUGGAAAGAAGCGGUACGGCUGGGCCUGCUUUGACCUGCAGACAAGCGCUGAUGUCAUUCUGGUGUGGAACAUUGCGACCAGUCUCUGCGAGAUCGCGCUUGCUAAAACACAAGGCGUUGACUUAAGCAAACCUGGGUUUCUGUUCUCCCUCUUGUCCUGCUUCACAUGUUGCUGCUCAUCCAAACCAUAUCUUAUCAAUGUGGAUGAAAAGAAAGAAGAGAAGAAGGGCAAUGGCAUACACCAGCAACCCUAGUUUUUUUUGCUCCCUCUUGUCGUGCUUCGAAGAUUGCUGCUCACCCAAAUCGGAUGAUAGGAAGUUAUCUGAAGAGCUCAAGAAAAGAUACAUCAUAGCGAAUAGCUUGUCGCGGUACUGUGCAUAUCUACUUGUUUCAAAGCCUGACCUGAUUCCUGAUAGCUUUCUUGUGCCCGAAAUGGUCUUCCAAAAAACUGUGAAGAGUGCCCGCGAUGACAUUCUAAAAGGCUGUGAUUCGUUAGAAAUCAGGUACUACAAACUGCGCUUAGAAGCAUAUAAAGCUGCAGAAGACUCUGACAACGUAAAGAAGGGAGAAGAUGUUGUGAAAAAAGAUGCAAUGCUGGGCAAAGCACUACUAGAUCAUGAGGGCGAAGAAGGCUGCUGGGAGAUCCUGGCAGGGGUAUGGACUGAAUUAAUUAUACACAUUGCACCCACUUGGAAUGCAGAGGCACACAAGAAGUGUCUCAAGUCUGGAGGGGAGUUCAUAACCAACAUUUGGGCCUUGCUUUGGCACUGUGGCAUCGAGAAGAGUAGCUUGUGGCCAACGGAUGAUGCCUCUGAAAACAAUGCUCCUACAGAUCUUCUGGAUAAUGAUGACAGAAAUAACAACUUCAAUACUGUGGAGGGGAUGCAGCAAGCUGGUACAGAUGCGAGGAACCACCAGAUCAGAAUCGAAGCGCACGAAAAUUAAGGACUGGACCAAGGGCAAUAGAGAGCAUAGGGAGCUUAGAGACCGAGGAGGUGUCCCAGGACGUGACAGUAGAGGACCUAAAUGUUCAGAUAGGCAUCACCGGGCAAAACCGAAACAAGAGUAAAGUGAAGGUUGAGGACAUACUUCCAGAGCACCCCAAGGCACCUUGAAGGACAAGUCUGAUACUAUACAGCCAGAAGUCAUGCAGCAAGACUGCAAUAAUGUCCUGAAAUAUGUUAAGCUUUUGCUUGGGAACCUGAUUAGUGCUUUGUAUGUUAUCGGUAAUACUUUUUUAUUUUUCUUGUUGCUGAUUUUUUGUGAUUUCUAUUCAACUCCCAUGUGGGAGAGUAGAGUGUAGAGAGCUUUGUACCCUGUUCUCUAAUGUGGGAGGUUGUAUGGUUACUGUGGUGUGUUUGUAACUUCUAAUUUGGAUGCUGAAGUGGAUUGCUCUAUAUUUCUACUUGCUAGUGGAAACUGAACUUGUGGUUCAAUAGAAUGGGAAUAUAAGCUA